AUGACUAUUACGGAUUUACGACUAUUUACUUGUUCUGCUGACCGCAACAGUCGUUGGAACAGAAGAGAGGUAACUUCAACCUCAAGGUGGAACGCUGGUAGGGACCAUUCAUUAUCUUUAAAUAUGUACCGAUCUGGCUUACUUAUUUUGUCACCGCAUGUGCACUCUCAGAAGUUAUUCUCUUUGUUAAAAUAUGUUAGCAAUGUGGUGAAUGAAAAGCUGUUUUUAGCAAUUCCACGAAGUCCUUCAGAUUUUAUGUUUUGGAAAAAGACGGCUACGUUGUGUUAUACAACCGCAUGUAAGGUUUGCCCAUCACUAAACGUCUGUCUUCUUCUUCCUACCACCAAGUAUACCAAGCCUUCGGUAAAGUUUGAUAUUGUAAUUUCACCGGAAUCUGAAUUUAGUCCCGUUUGGAUUUUAAAUGAAGCCCACAAUAUCAAUCCACUUUACGGUGAUCGUGUUAUGUAUGCUACCAUAGAUAAUUCUGAAUCAAACCUACCAAUUACUGAUGAUCAGAUAAGUGUUGCGUCAUCAGAUGAAUCAUAUGAGGAUAUCUCCCGUGUAUGUCUUGGUGGUACUUUUGAUCGGUUACAUUAUGGACAUAAAAUUCUACUUACCGUUGGUGCUCUGUUGGCUAAAGAACAUUUGCUUGUUGGUGUAACAUGCUCUGAUUUACUUUCAAGUAAAUGUCUUAGCCCACUGAUAUUUUCUUGGGAGAAGCGCAGUAAAAUUGUUCAAACUUUUCUCAGUGAUAUAGGCGUACAGUCUAAAAUUAUGAAAAUUGUUAAAUUAUCUGAUAAAUUUGGUCCACCUGGAAAUUCUGCAGAAUUUGACUGUAUUGUAGCCAGCUCCGAUUCUUUAGAUAAUUGUGAAAAAUUGAAUGAAUUACGACGUGUGAAUGGAUUUAAGCCGUUAAAAAUUGAAGUGAUCAAUUUUAUAUGUUCAGCUAAGAUCUCCAACGAAUAUAAAGCCUAUCCUUUUGACUUGUCGGAUUUAAAGUUAUGUUCUUCAAAACUUCGUUUCAAUGAACUAGGCAGUCUGUUAAAACCUGUUAAUAAUAUAACUGUAAACAAUUCAUGUAGUCCAUAUUUGAUUGGUUUAACAGGACCGUCUGGUUCUGGUAAAUCAUCAUUGGCUAGACGACUCGAACAUUUAAGUGACCAAGUUCAUGUAAUCGAUUGUGAUCGUCUCGGUCAUGAAGCAUAUAUUCCUGGUACUCCUUGCCACCAAGCUCUUUUGUCUCAUUUUGGACGAGAAAAAAUAGCAUCUCCAGUGCCACCCUAUGCAAUAGACAGAGGCCUACUAGGAAGGCUAGUUUUUUCUGAUCCUGCUCAACUGAAAGAUCUGAAUUCCAUAGUUUGGCCUGAAAUAUUAAAAAAAAUUCUAACAGUUGUAAAAGAAAUAGAAUGUAAAGCAUUAGAACAAGAUCGGGAUCCUAAACGUCCGGUUAUUAUUAUAGAUGCAGCGGUGCUUUUACAGGCUAGGUGGGAUGAAAUGUGCCACGAGGUAUGGUUAACAGUUUUAUCCCAAACAGAAGCUCAGCGCCGGCUGUGUGAGAGGAACAAUUUAAGUCCGGAAGCAGCAUCAGAACGUCUUGCACGACAAGCUUCUGCUGUUGCUGAAGUGACUGGUGGGUACACUUGGUUUGAAGCAGGUCAGUAUUGUUCUCAGAAAAGUCCUAUCGACUAUGCUCAUGUAAUUCUAAGUACAGAAUGGGACCCAGAAUGUUCGCAGUAUCAAGUUGAAAAGUCCUGGAAAGCGCUACAACAAAGGUUAGAGUUAACUACAACAACCCUAUGAGUGUUUGCUAUCACGAAUUUGCAAUUUCUUAUCUGCUAAUUUGACGCUAUGUAUUCAAUUGGUUGAGUUUUUAUAAUGAAUUUCACUUAUGGAACAAACAUGAUUUCUUAGCUAGUUGAACUUUUUCUAUUAGUCGAUAUUUCUAUGACCGUGCAUAAUAAACCAUUAUUAUUUUCGA